CUCCCUGGUUGCUUGAAGAUUAACUUCUAUCAUGAAUGACACGGUAACUAUCCGGACCAGGAAGUUCAUGACCAACAAACUACUUCAGCGGAAACAAAUGGUCAUUGAUGUCCUUCACCCUGGGAAGGCAACAGUACCCAAGACUGAAAUUCAGGAAAAACUAGCCAAAAUGUGUAAGACCUCACCAGAUAUCAUCUUUGUGUUUGGAUUCAGAACCCAUUUUGGUGGUGGCGAGACACCUGGCUUUGGCAUGAUUUAUGAUUCCUUGGAUUAUGCAAAGAAAAAUGAACUCAAAUAUAGACUUGCAAGACAUGGCCUCUAUAAGAAAACAAAAAUUAAAAAAAAGACAUGGCCUCUAUGA